ACGAACAGUCGAAAAAGAUUCGUCACAAUAACGACAAUGAAAAUUCCUCUCAUGGUAUAAUCUCUUAUGCUUCGUCAACGUAUUCUGUGUUUUUAAAACACUAGAACAUAAAUCACAAGAAAAGUGCUUCUCUUUAACAUGUAUAUCAUAAGACUUAUUAUCAGGAAAUUCUAACGAACAUAUUUUGCAAAAAACCAUAUUCGUAAAAGUACCUUGUAUGAUGAACCAAUCUCUUUAUCUCUUAUGAACCUUUGCUCUGGCCCCAGACGCUCUGACUGAAUUGAAAAAAAGCUCUCGCUUUUAUAGCUAGACCGAAGUAUUGUAUGCUAAUUUCAAACUAUUUUUAAAAAAUAGACGUCAUUAUUACUGAACAAAAAAAAUUUGAAGUUUAUUCAUUUUCAAAGCUAAAAAAAUCUAAGUUAUUCCUUAUUUAAAAAUUAAAGUUUUUUUCAAAACCCAAAAUUUGAAGUUCCUUCGAAUAACUUCAAAUAAAAAAAAUUUGAAGUUUUUAUAAAUUUGAAGUUUUUUUCUUAUUUGACUUUAAACAAUAGACGCUUCUCAGUAACCAAUCAUAUGAAUGACAUUUAAAGAUUUAAAAUAUUAGCCAAUAGUAAAGCUCCACAUUUAACAUCCGUUGCGUAAUAUGUCAAUCAUUUAUAAAAUCACUUAACCAACUCCCAAAUUCACAAACUGUCACACCAACGAACGUAAUUUUGAAAGAAGUCGAAAAAAAUGACGAACAAUCAAGCAUUCGAAGUAAAAAAAGCUAUCGAUUCAGCCUUUACGGACGACGAAGAAGAUUUAAUUCCGUUAUCUUUAUUGUCCAAAAGACUACUGGCAUCACGCCCAAAUAAAAGAACAUCAACUUCGGAAGACGAAUCAUCACCGAAAAAGAAAUGCGAAGGUUCUGCAACUGUAAAUCAUGCAGAAAUAUCAAAAGAAUUCAACCGACUAAAAGAGCUACUAGAACCUUCAUUCCCUUUAAUGCCAGCAAUUCGAGCACUCGUCCCUCCAGAUAUGGAUACAGACGCUGAAACAACACUCACGGCAAACGAAUCAGCAACAGAAGUAGAAAACUUCAACGAAUCUACGCCAAAACCAACCAAAGUUACUCCAACAGCCCGAAAAUCCUUUCCUGCAGUACGAAGUCCACCUACUCCACUAGCCUUCGAGCCGCAAACGCCACCUAUUUCAGAACCAGAUACAGAGCCUCAAGAAGAAAGACCAACAGUUCCACAACCCCUGAACAUCUUUAACUACAAUUUAUCUGACGAUGUUCCAACUGUGAGUAGAAAUUUAUCUAACUUCCCUUUUAACAUUCGACAAAAUGACCGUUUUUUUGAGACUUUACAGCAAAUUGGCUUAGCUAUUGAUAAUCUAAAAGAUUUUUCAUUAUCUCCUUCUUCUGACAAUCAUCUUUUUGCUACCUUUUUACCACAUUUGACAAAUCGACUCGAACCUUUAAUGCUGAAAUUAACUGGACAGAAAUUCGGUAUAUUUACCAACUUGAAACAACUUUCAAUAUACUUAAUCGAUCAUUUUAUUUUCGACAUUCUGAACAUUUGCAAAUAUCUUUUGACGGACCAACUAACAAAAUACGAAAACAACGGGGCUCGACUAAAACACCUUAGAUCGACGAUUAAUAUUAACUACAUUAACAACCCUAAUAACCCAGAUGUGAUUGCUGAAUACAAACGGAGAAGAACUACUCAAAUUCAAAUUGGCAGUUCAAUAAGAGAGAUGAUGCAUACCGUUAACAAUGUCACUUCAUUAAAAAGAAGCAUCAUCUAUGAAGACCCGUUGUUCGAUUGCCACGAUGCGAUAAGAGUAACACUAUUGUGCGCAAUAGAUGAAAUCAUGUCAAAAACUGCAAUGAGUGAAGCUGAGAAAAUCAAAGACAUUUUUAUUCAUACGGUUAUGUAAAACCAACUAUAUAUGAACAUUUUAACUAAGUAGAUUAGUAACUACAUUUUUUAUUAUUGAAGUAACUUUUCUUUAUAUAAAUUUGAAGGCGUUGUAAGAAUUGUGAUCAUUUUGUCUCUAUCUUCAAUAUACUCAACAUUUUUUUGCAACAAAUCUAAAGCAGUAAAAUUUUCGAAAUUUCUUAAACUUUCGUUCAAAAGUGAAUCGCCAUAAGAAUGAAGUAAACUAACAACAGUUAUACAAUCAUCGUAUACUGCCAGAUGCAAAACCGACUCUUUUCGAUAAUUUUGCUUGUUUAAAUUGCAGCCACAUUCAACCAAAAAUUGAAUUACUUUACAUUUUCUUUUACGAACAGCAAUCAUUAUAGGAGUUUCGUGAUUUAUAUUUUCCGCUUCAAUAUCGGCUCCAUUUUUUAUAAUAUGUUUUAAUAACCAUCUAUGUUCCAUCCAAGUAGACAAAUCAAUUUCUUCAAUGUUUGGAAUUAUUCGAUGUAGAACAGUAUUUCCAUACUUAUCACGAUCAUUUAAACAUGUUGGAUCAUCUUUUACCAUAUAUAUAAUUUUAUCCAAUUGUGAAAGUUUUUUAUCAGAAACCAAUUUUAACAAUUCUGUCAACUCUCCCUUAUGUUGAAGCUUUUCUUCAAAAUACUGUAUUGAGAACUCGUCUUCAUCCUUCUUUUCAGAAAAACUCA